UAUUUGUGUUCCACCUUACCUCUUAUCGGAAACAGCUGAUGUAAGGAUACACAUCUCUAAGAACUGCGUUGAAUUUUUAUGAAGAAUAAUCUUAAGAUGUUAAAAAUCGUUUGUAAUACUACUUUUGUGAGACACUUUUCAAUUAAACAAGCAGCAAAACCUCCCAUAAAGUAUACCGACACCAUCAAUUUGCCAAAAACAAAAUUUCCGAAUCGAUUAAAUGCUACUAAGCGGUCAGAAUUGGAAAGGAAACUGGUUGAGGAUGUAUUUUCAGAAGCAUAUAGUUACCAACAAAAUCAUAAUCAUGAACCAACAUUUGUUCUGCACGAUGGGCCCCCAUAUGCUAAUGGAGAUCUGCAUAUGGGUCAUGCAGUCAACAAGGUUCUGAAAGAUAUAACAUUACGUCAGCACGUAGUACGUGGUCAAAAAGUGCAUUACAUUCCUGGAUGGGAUUGCCAUGGUCUGCCAAUUGAAUUAAAGGCAACAACAGCUAUUAAAGAUAAUAACAUUGCUAGCGCUAAAGAUAAAGAUGCAAUCAGCAUACGAAAUAGAUCUCGAGAUUUUGCACUAAAUGCAAUGCAACGACAAUUGAACGAAUUUCGUUCAUGGGGUAUUUUAAGCGACUGGUCUAAUGAAGAAAAUAUUUAUUUGACAAUGCGCCCAAGGUUUAUAAUAAAUCAACUCAAUAUGUUCAUAGAUUUUUAUGAACGUGGACUGGUAUAUCGAGAUCUGAAGCCUGUCUACUGGUCUCCAUCAUCGAGAACAGCUUUAGCCGAAGCAGAACUAGAGUAUGAUGUGAAUUUCGUUAGUCCUUCAGUGUACUUGCGCUUUUCAUUAACAAAUGUGCCCAAUGGUAUAUCACUUACACCAAAUACCAAUCUUUACACUUUGGUUUGGACUACGACACCGUGGACUUUACCAAGUAAUCAAGCAAUAUGCUACAACUCAACACUAGAGUACAGCGUGAUUAAAUUAUCGAAUUACGGCAAUGAUUUGUAUUUAAUAGCCACAAGCUUAUUGCAAAGUUUUGUGGAAGCUACUGGUAUUACCUACGAGCUUGUAGAAACUUUACAUGGCACAGAGCUAUCGAACUGCACAUAUCGACAUCCGAUUUACACAGACCAAAAGAAUUUGCCAUUCUUUGCUGCUCCACAUGUGCUGGAUUCAAAAGGUACAGGGUUUGUUCAUACCGCACCAGCGCAUGGACCGGAGGAUUUUUUGGUUGCUUUAGAGAACAAGUUGCCAGUGAUAUGUCUUGUCAAUGAAGAUGGUGUAUACUCAUCGCAGGCUCCCGACUUCCUUAAUGGGAAAGCUGCGCUUGGCGAAGGCGAUCAAUUAGUUUUGGAUAAUAUUUCAACAGACGUGUUACAUGCUAGUAAGAUAACACAUUCAUGCCCCAUUGACUGGCGUACAAAGGAACCCGUGAUAAUACGUGCCAGUGAACAAUGGUUUAUGAAUACCGAACAACUAAAGGAACGAGCUAUUGAAGAGAUCAGUAAAAUAAGUGUUUAUCCACUUGUUCAAGCAGAUGCGAGUAGAAAGGCGCUCAUGACACAAGUGCGUAAACGUCCAUAUUGGUGCAUUUCACGUCAACGUGUCUGGGGCGUGCCCAUACCAGUCUUUUAUGAACGAGAAACGAAGAAUGUUGUUCUCAAUAGAUCUAUAAUCAACCAUAUCUGUGAUCUCAUUAAGAAGGAAGGUAACGUUGAUUUUUGGUGGUCGAAAAGUGUAGCGGAAUUGUUACCAUCGAAUAUUUUGGAAUCGCUUAAUGUAUCUGCUGAUGAUUUGGAAAAAAGUGGAGACAUAUUUGAUAUUUGGUUCGACUCGGGCAGUACAUGGUCCAGUGUGUUGAAGGAUGAAAAGGUGGCUGAUGUUUACCUUGAAGGUUACGAUCAGUUCAGUGGCUGGUUUCAAUCGUCAUUGCUGACAAGUGUUGCAGCAAGAAAUAAAGCGCCUUACAAGUCAAUAUUUGUACAUGGCUUCACAGUAGACGAUAAGGGUCACAAAAUGUCUAAAUCUCUUGGAAAUGUAAUUUCACCAAAGGACAUAAUUAGCAAGUUCGGAGUGGAUGCAUUAAGGUGGUGGGUUGCAUCACAUUGUGCACAGAAUAUGUCCAUAACUGUCAGUGAGAAGUUGAUGCAACAAGCCGCCGAAAGUGUCAGCAAAAUUCGCGCUACUUUACGCUAUUUAAAUGGAGUUAUUGGUGAUAAAACAGAAGUUCUGAAUGAAAAAGGUACUUUUCUAAACAGAUAUAUGUUAAGCGUUUUGGUGGAACACGAAAACGAGAUAAGGAAAUUAUAUGACACUUACGAAUACAAUCGUGUCGUAACAAACACGCAAAAUUUUGUGGCAAAUCAAGUUUCGACAAUAUAUCUUCACACAAUUAAGGAUCGACUAUAUUGUGGGGAUAACAUCGAUUUGCGAAGUAUACGCUAUACAUUGCUAAAUUGUUAUAAAGUACUCUGCUCUACGAUGUGGCCUAUUACACCCUUCCUGGUGGAAGAAAGUUGGCAAUAUUAUGAUUCUAAGAGGGCGUUCCAUCAAGAAAACUUUACAGCUGACCCUACUUGGAAAGAUGCCGAUGCCGAGAAAGCUGUUAGUACUGCAUUGGAACUAAAGCGAAUUGUUAAUCAAAAAGCGGGCAGCACGAACUCGUUCAAUCUAGCAGUCGACAUUUCAUACAACCAAAACAAUGAGGAAAUGCAGAUACUAAGUCGUUUACAAGAAGGAGAGGCAGGAGCACCUUCAAAUAAUUCAGAGCUUUGUGAAAUACUACAAGUUCAAUGUGUAUCGCUUCACCCAUCCAAUGACGUAGAUUCCAGCAAUAUUAAUGUUAAAAAAUUGGAACUGACCCUGUGCGCACGUUGUCGACGAUACGCAGUUGAGACUGACGGCUGUGUUUGUAACCGUUGCGCUUUAGUUCUAGCUAGCAGAUAAUAAUUGUUAACUUUUUCGAUAAGUUUGUUAUAUUUAAAAGCUUUGUAAACACUUCAGUAUCGAGUCGCGAAGUUUGAGUCGUAACGACUGUUUGCCGCCACAUAUUAUAUGAGUCUCGUUGUCAUCAAAUUUUA